AUGGCCGCGGCGAACGGCCCAGAUGGGCCUAAGCCGCAAAGGCCGAAGCGGGUCCGCAAAAGGACGAAGCCCGCCCCCACUGACACCACCACCGCUGAGCCCAUCGCCGUGGAACCCGUCCCCCCGCAGCCCUCGACAUCGAAGAAAGCAGUCGCCGCCCCUCCCAAGGGGAAGAAGGCGAGGCCCCGAGCGGAGGCACCCGCAGAUUCCGCCAACGAGACGUUGGAAGUGUUGGAGCAGUCUAUUCAGCUGCUCCACGACAUCCUGGCGGCCAUCCGCACAAGGACUGACCCAGUGCCCAUCAUCUGGCGGGCAUCUCCCCCCUCCGAAACCUCUCGACAAAGCUCGAGAUUAGGGCUCGCUAGGUCAGGCCUGCACCCCGACCCGCGACAGGUGGUCGCGACUAAGUGCCGGAGCGCGGCGGCUUCCCUACUUGGGAUUCCGCACCUGCGGGAGACCCUGGCGUCACUGCGCCAACCCGCGCGUGAUGCAGUGCGUCCCUCCCCCCCCUCCACGCCGGGGGCGGGGGAGACGUACUUCGACGCGCCCCUCGCCCCUGCGGGCGAGGGCCCCCCCUCACCGGGGCCGUCCCUCUCCAUGCCGGAGCUGGGACCGCCAUCGCCGCCGCCGCGCCGGACAGCGCCGCCGCUGCACUUAGCAGCGGCCCCGUUGCCGCAGCGCCCCUCUCGCGCGAGCCGCUCCCCGGCCCGCUCGACGUCCCCGCCACCGGCCAAGGUGCUCGCUGCCCAGUCCCCGUCUUCGGGAGAGGGCAGGCAUGCCCUUCGACUGCCGGUGCGCGGAGCCUUGUCUCCCCCCCGUUCCGAGGAGGGUUGA